AUGGCCGGGCAGCCCCCGGAGGGCCCCGCCGCGCCGCGCUGGAGGCGGCGAGCGACCCCUCGCCCGCAGCCCCUCGCCUGGAGCAAGCCGCGGCCGCAGUCGUACCAGAGCCCCAGCGGAGUGCUCGUCACCGACUUCCCCGUGGAGGACAGGUGCGCCUUCUCCGUGCCUCGGCCCGGCACCGGCGGCCCGGCCAUGGGAUCGGUGUCCAACGGCACCGUGCGGCCGCCGGGCUCCCCCGCGCCGGACCCGGAGCGGCGCUCCCGGCUGCUCGCCCUGGCUCCGGACAGCCCCGUCGGUUCGACCGCCAACGGCACCGUCUCCUCGCCGGGCAGCGGGCAGGGCCGCCGGCCGCGGCCGCCCGGAACCGUGGGGCUGCUCGCGCUGACCCCGCAGCAGGAGCGGAUCGUGUUCGGAGCCAGUGCUCAGCCCGCAUCGUGCCCCAGGGCUGCCGGGGCCCCGGAGGUGCCGGGAGGAUCCCCAAGGAGCGGCAGGGCUGCCGAGCCCCCGGAGGUGCCGGGAGGAUCCCCAAGGAGCGGCAGGGCUGCCGGGGCCCCGGAGGUGCUGGGGGGAUCCCCAAGGAGCGGCAGGGCUGCCGAGCCCCCGGAGGUGCCGGGAGGAUCCCCAAGGAGCGGCAGGGCUGCCGAGCCCCCGGAGGUGCCCGGAGGAUCCCCAAGGAGCGGCAGGGCUGCCGAGCCCCCGGAGGUGCCGGGGGGAUCCCCAAGGAGCGGCAGGGCUGCCGAGCCCCCGGAGGUGCCGGGGGGAUCCCCAAGGAGCGGCAGGGCUGCCGAGCCCCCGGCGGGACGGUGCGCGGAGCCCCCCGCACUGCUGAGCACGCACAGCCCCGCGGCGCGCAGGGUGGGCUCGCAGCAGCUGAUCCCCCGCAGCCUGGCCGAGAGCCGGCCCGCGGGCCACGAGCGGGGCCUCAGGGUGCGCAGCCUGGUGGAAACCCCCCGGCUGUCCCUGGGCAGCGACCCCGAGGACGAGCCCGAGGGCGGCCCGGGCGCGCUGCGGCGCGGACUGCGCUCCACGUCCUACCGCCGGGCCGUGGUCAGCGGCGUGGACCUGGACGGCUCCAACAGCUGCAACAAGAAAAACAGAAUGUCCCAGCCCAUCCUGAAAGCGGUGGCUGAAGAUAAAGAGAAGUUCUCGAGCCUGGGGAGGAUAAAGAAGAUGCUGAAAGGACAAGGGACGUUCGAUGGGGAAGAAAAUGCUGUAUUAUAUCAGAACUAUAAGGAAAAAGCUCUGGACAUAGAUUCUGAUGAGGAGUCUGAGCCCCAAGAGCAGAAGUUGGAUGACAAGGUUGUUUUUCACUAUAAGCCCCUGAGGUCGACGUGGAGUCAGCUCUCUGUGGUGAAGAAGAAUGGACUGUCAGAGGUGAUCAGCCAGGAAGAAAGGAAGAGACAGGAGGCAAUAUUUGAGGUGAUAUCUUCUGAGCACUCCUAUUUGCUGAGCCUGGAGAUUCUGAUCCGGAUGUUUAAAAAUUCCAGGGAACUGAGCCUCACAAUGACCAAAACAGAGAGCCACCACCUCUUCUCCAACAUCACGGAUGUUUAUGAAGCAAGCAAAAAGUUCUUUGAAGAACUCGAGGCAAGGCACCAGAACAACAUUUUCAUCGAUGACAUCAGUGACAUCGUGGCGAGGCACGCGGGCUCCACCUUCGACCCCUACGUGAAGUACUGCACCAACGAGGUGUAUCAGCAGCGCACCCUGCAGAGACUGCUAGCCACAAACCCAGCGUUUAAGGAGGUGUUGUCCCGGAUCGAGUCCCACAAGGAUUGCCGGAAUUUGCCCAUGUUCUCCUUCCUCAUCCUCCCCAUGCAGAGAGUCACUCGCCUCCCCUUGCUGAUGGAUACUAUUUGCCAGAAAACCCCCAAGGAUUCAGCAAAAUACGAGAACUGCAAGCAGGCUCUGAAAGAAGUCAGCAAGCUCGUGCGUCUGUGCAAUGAGGGCGCCCGCAAGAUGGAGAGGACAGAGAUGAUGUACACGAUUAACUCCCAGCUGGAAUUCAAAAUCAAGCCAUUUCCAUUGGUUUCCUCUUCACGGUGGCUGGUGAAAAGGGGUGAAUUAACAGCGUAUGUAGAAGACACUGGACUUUUUUCCAAAAGAACCUCUAAGCAGCAGGUGUACUUCUUCCUCUUCAACGAUGUCCUCAUCAUCACCAAGAAGAAGAGUGAGGAGAGCUACAACGUCACCGAGUACUCGCUGCGGGAGCAGCUGCUGGUGCUGCCCUGUGACGGGGAGGAGCCCUGCUCCUCUCCCGGGAAGAACGCGGCCGGGAUGCUCCACUCCGGACGGAAUUCCGCAUCCCACCUCUUCAGGCUCGUGCUCCUCAGCAACCACGCCGGGGACAGGGUGGAGCUGCUCCUGGGAGCAGAGACUCAGAGCGACAGAGCCCGCUGGAUCACGGCGCUGCGCCAGGACAGCGACGGGCACCACACGGACAGGACCACACUGGCGCAGGUGGAGAUCAUCAGGACGUACACAGCCAAGCAGGCCGAUGAGCUCGCUCUCCAAGUCGCUGAUGUCGUUUUGGUUUAUCAAAAAGUGAAUGAUGGCUGGUGCGAGGGGGAGCGGCUCCGCGACGGCCAGAGGGGCUGGUUCCCCUCGGAGUGUGCCAAGGAGAUCACCUGCAGGGCCACCCUGGACAAGAACAUGGAGCGCAUGGGGCGCCUGCUGGGGCUGGAAACCAACGUGUAGCCUGGUCCUCGCCCCAGCCCCUGAGCGCCAGCAGAGCCACAGGCCAGCACACUGCGACUCGCCCUCCCUUCUGCGCUGGCUCCCACAGCUCCCAGCUGAGCCCCGGCCACAGCAGCAGCACCUUGCAGCAGUGUCCGGCACUCCUCUGCAGCUCCUGCCUCCUUACGCUCUCGCUCUGCCUGGGUUUGAGCAUCUGAACUCAUUUUCAGCAGCAGGACUCUGUAGGGCACUGGAGCCCCAGCCCAGAGCUGGUGGGGAGCAGCAGUGCUGGGGUGUCCUGCUCUGAGGAGCUGCAGUGCUGCAGCCCCAGACACGGCUUUGGGACCCUUCCCCUCGUGUCAGCACCUGUGUGGCACCUGAACUCCCGUGCCCAGCUCUGCACUUUGUAAAGGCUGUCCUACCUCUCCAGAGCAAAUGCAGGCUGUCCCUGGCCUGGCACAGGCAGAGCUGGCACCACCUCCCGAGGAAGCUGCAGCGGUGCCUCCCUGAGGCUGCUCACAAGGGCCCCAAGGUCGGUGGGCAAAGGAUUUCUGAAAGCCAGAGACCGGUUCCACAGCGAGAGCAGGUGCUGCUGCCCCAUCCCAGCACGGGGGUGCUACUGCAGAGGAACUGCUGCAAGGGGGGCAGGGGCUGCUGGGGUGGUUUCCUCGGGUGUCUGCUGCGGCCUUGCACUGCACUUAGUGCUUCAGAGCACUCCAGGGUGAGCAGGGAGCCGUGAGAGGCUGCGUGACAAAACCUCCCUCCUGAGGAGCAGCUGCUGACUCAGCAGUGUGGAAAUCGUCUCUAGAAACGAGGGGACAACUUGUAGGUCCAAGGCUUUCUUCCUGUUGCCUUCCCCAGCCUCUGCAAAGGGGACGAAUGCUGGUUUUUAUCCUGCAAGAUGCUGAUGUGAGUGGUGAAUGAAUUGCGUGUUUGUAAAGAUGUGUCGCUCUAAUAAUUUAAACUAGAUUAGAAAGAUAGUAAUUUUGUACAAAAAUACUUACCUGGACAGUGUGACGGUGGUUAUACAGCCUUGCAAAUUAAUUUAUAAUAAUAGUAAUAAGAGAAACUGUAAAUUGAACAAAGACUUAUUUAACAUAGUAAAAAUACUGCAAUUGUUUUAACAAUUUUAUUGUGUACCUGCAGAUGUUUUAACACAUUACUGAAUGUAUAAGUCCAGACAUUAAUUUUAUUCAGAUUUUUUUAAUACACUGUAUAUAUUUUUCAUACCUAGUUUUUCCAAAAAUGCUGUAAUGUUUUGUAAAGGUUAUUUUUCAUUUUUCCUAUUGUGGGACACAGUUCUUCAGGAAUGAAAAGACUUCUAUGAUUUUAUAGGAC